AUGACAUCCGCCGAAGCCGACGCCUCAUCGGUGCAAGUCUCCAAGACUGCCGACGGCAUCACCACCAUCGCCAUCAACAGGCACCACCGCCGGAACGCUGUCGACGGUCCUACGGCGCGUAAGCUGCACGAGGCCUUCCUCGCGUUUGAGGACGACGCCAGCCAAAAGGUGUGCGUCUUCCACGGCGCCCACGGCUCGUUCUGCGCGGGCUUCGACUUACACGAGGUGGCCAAGUGGGACGGCCCCGGCGACGACGCGUACAAGGGCCCGAUCGUCGACGGCUCGCACGCCGUGACCGGCGGCCGCCAGAUCGGCCCCAUCGGGCCCUCGCGGCUGCAGGUCAAGAAGCCCGUCAUCUGCGCCGUGGCGGGCUAUGCCGUGGCGGGCGGCAUGGAGCUGGCGCUGCUGGGCGACAUGCGCGUCGUUGAGGAGGACGCCGUCUUGGGCGUCUUCUGCCGGCGCUUCGGCGUGCCGCUCAUCGACGGCGGCACCGUCCGGCUGCCGGCCAUUGUCGGGCUCGGCCGGGCCCUGGACCUGAUCCUUACCGGACGGCCGGUCGGCGCACAGGAGGCCCUCCAGAUGGGCCUGGCCAACCGCGUCGUGCCCAAGGGCCAGGCUCUGGAGGAGGCGACCAAGAUCGCGCGGCAGCUGCUGGGAUUCCCCCAGGCGUGCAUGAACGUGGACCGGUCCAACUGCUACUACUCGGCCUACAACGCGACGUCUUUUGAGGAUGCUCUGAGGAACGAGUUCGCCAACGGGGCUCAGGUCAUCACCACGGAGAGCAUCAAGGGAGCAGCCCAGUUCAGCGCAGGUGCUGGGCGGCACGGUGUGUUUAAAAGUGCGGAUAACUCGAAUCUUUAG